AUGUCUCAUGAUCCACGUCCAAACUCUGACCAGGAUCUCCUUGCACGACUGAACGCGCUCAAGAAGUCGACCGUGUCCUUUGAGCAAACCAAGUACAUUCACCAUCAUCCAAUAUGGUACCCGCAAGCUAAUUGUAGUCACAGCUUUCAGACACCCGGAGGCGCAGAGAAGCCCUUUACCGCCGACCCAAAUCCUGCUCACGCUCUUGGCACCGACCUGCUGUCGCGGUGGAAGUCCCUCGGCGGUAGCCCCUCCACAACCCAGCCAGAACAGUCCGAGGCAGCCACCGAGAAGCCCGAAGAUGAGAAGACGGUGGAAGAACUACUCGCAGACCUAGGACCAUCGGAUACAUGGGAUAUCGAAAAAAGCGAGGAGGAUCAGGUUGCAGACCUGUUGAAGAGUGCAAAAUCCAUUCUCGCAGAAGCCACAAAUCAAGACGACGAGCAGCUGGUGGCAGAAGAAGUUGACGGAACAGGCGACGAGUCCACGUCCAAAGCGCUGCCGGCGGUCGAUGUCUCCGUGUUCAAACCUGAGCCAGAGGAUGAUGACGGCGAGAUAUCAGGCAACGUUCGGUUGGACAAGUCCAAAAAUACUCUAGACCAGGAGGCAGAUGAAUUACUUGCAAGAAUUCUAGAUGAAGUAAAGCACGAACCUCCGGAAGCGCGAGAAGGAAACGCGUCUGUGUCCGAUGACGACGACGGUCCUUCAGGAGACAUUCCAGUCUCGACGUCAAAGCCCACCUCGAACGCCCCUGCGCUCGACCUACCCAGCAGACCCUCUAAACUCCCGGAUUUUGAGCCACCGCCAGAACUAUCAGCCCAAGACGACGACCUGGCGUCUCGAUUUGCGGGUCUAGCGCUUCCUUCUGUCCCAACCGGCGUGAAGUCUACCAAGCAACCAGCUACGGCGAAGUCGAGUCUCGGCUUCACGGACGAGGAAAUCGACACGUGGUGCAUUAUCUGCAACGACGACGCCACCCUUCAAUGCAUUGGCUGUGAUGGCGACCUCUACUGCACAGAUUGCUGGAUCGAAGGGCACCGGGGCGAAAGCGCCGGCGCUGAGGAGCGGAGACACAAGGCAGUCCAGUUCGUCAAGGGCGGAAGGAAGAAGAAAGAGCCCAAGAGGAGAGUCAUGAUGGGCGCGUAG